GCACCGGGCGGAGGGCGCGGCCCCGAGCGCCGGCGGCCCCAUGAAGGAGCCCGACGCCAUCAAACUCUUCGUGGGGCAGAUCCCGCGGCACCUGGAGGAGAAGGACCUGAAGCCCAUCUUCGAGCAGUUCGGGAAGAUCUACGAGCUGACGGUCAUCAAGGACAAAUACACCGGGAUGCACAAAGGAUGCGCCUUCCUCACCUACUGCGCCCGCGAGUCGGCCCUGAAGGCGCAGAGUGCCCUCCACGAGCAGAAAACGCUGCCGGGGAUGAACCGCCCCAUCCAGGUGAAGCCGGCGGACAGUGAGAGCCGAGGAGAGGACCGCAAGCUGUUUGUGGGGAUGCUCAGCAAGCAGCAGGCAGACGAGGAUGUGAGGAAGAUGUUUGAACCCUUUGGGACCAUCGAUGAGUGCACAGUGCUGCGCGGCCCCGAUGGCACCAGCAAAGGCUGCGCCUUCGUCAAGUUCCAGAGCCACGCAGAGGCCCAGGCUGCCAUCGCUGCCCUCCAUGGGAGCCGCACUCUGCCGGGCGCCUCAUCCAGCCUGGUGGUGAAGUUUGCGGACACGGAGAAGGAGCGGGGUCUGCGGCGGAUGCAGCAGGUGGCGAGCCAGCUCGGCAUGUUCAGCCCCAUAGCACUCCAGUUUGGGGCCUACAGCGCCUACACGCAGGCGCUGAUGCAGCAGCAGGCGGCCCUGGUGGCCGCCCACUCGGCCUACCUCAGCCCCAUGGCCACCAUGGCCGUCCAGAUGCAGCACAUGGGCACGGUCAACCCCAACGGGCUCAUCGCCACCCCUCUGCCCCCCUCCUCAGGAACCAGCACGCCGCCGGCCAUGGCUGCCACGCCAGUCCCCGCCAUCGCAGCCCCAUUGAGUGUCAACGGGUACAGCCCGGUGCCUGCACAGCCCGCAGGGCCGCCUGCCCCCGAGGCUGUCUACGCCGGAGGGGUUCCCCCAUUCCCAGCCCAGAGCCCCGCUGCCCCUGCGGACCCCCUGCAGCAGGCAUAUGCUGGCAUGCAGCACUACACAGCCGCCUACCCUGCCGCCUAUGGGCUGGUGAGCCCAGCCUUCGCCCCCCAGCCACUGCUGGCCCCCCCUCCACCUCCCCAACAGCAGCAGCGUGAAGGCCCCGAGGGCUGUAACAUCUUCAUCUACCACCUGCCCCAGGAGUUCGCUGACACCGAGAUCCUACAAAUGUUCCUGCCCUUCGGCAACGUCAUCUCCGCCAAAGUGUUCGUCGACCGCGCCACCAACCAGAGCAAGUGCUUCGGCUUUGUCAGCUUUGACAACCCAGCCAGUGCGCAGGCAGCCAUCCAUGCCAUGAAUGGGUUCCAGAUCGGCAUGAAGCGCCUCAAAGUGCAGCUCAAGAGGCCCAAAGACGCCAACCGGCCCUACUGAGCCCGGUCUGGAAGUGCAGCGCAGCACCCAUGGGUGACCCUGAUGGCGGAGAGC